CUCACCCUGCCUGGCGAAAAAGCCUCCACUGAACAGGACCGGUAGUCUCUAUAGGGAAUCAGGUUCGACCCUUGAAACAGAAAUACAAAAAGUACGAACCACCGGUUCCAGGAUGGGCAAGAACAAGAAGAGAACGAAAGAUGGACAACAGGGAGCCGAGAACCAGCACUCCGCUAACACUGUGUUUGUCUCCAACUUGCCCUACUCUUUCACCAACCCUCAGCUUGAAGAAACAUUCAGUGAUGUCGGUCCAAUCAGGCGUUGUUUCAUGGUUACAAAGAAAGGCUCAACUGAACACCGUGGAUUUGGUUUUGUUCAAUUUGCUGUUACAGAGGAUGCUAACCGUGCUAUUGAGAUGAAGAAUGAUUCAUCUGUUGGAGGCCGGAAGAUUGCAGUUAAACAUGCUUUGCACCGAGCUCCACUUGAGCAACGCGGGUCAAAGGCAACUCAAGUGGUUCACUUGGAUGAUAAUGUGAAGACAAAUAAUGACAAGGACAGUGUAUCCAGGCCAGCAACUAUUGAUUCAAACAUUCCAGAUUUAGAGAUACCUGUGGAACCCAGAAAACCAGCAGGGAAACUCGUGGAACGCACAAAAGCAGCAAAAUUACGUGGUGUUGUGGGUGAUCAAGAGAAUUGUUCAGAAAAGCAAAGGGUUGCUAGGACAGUAAUAGUUGGUGGUCUUCUUAAUUCUGAAAUGGCGGAAGAAGUUCACUGUCAUGCUAGAGAGGUUGGCACCGUGUGUUCAAUAACUUAUCCUCUUCCGAAAGAGGAUCUUGAGAAACAAGGUCUUACGAAAGAUGGAUGCAAAAUGGAUGCUUCAGCUGUACUUUAUACUAGUGUUAAGUCAGCUCGUACUUCUGUGGCGAUGCUACAUCAAAAAGAGAUGAAGGGAAGAAUUGUUUGGGCACGUCAGCUAGGUGGUGAGGGAUCCAAGACUCAGAAGUGGAAACUCAUAGUCCGGAAUAUUCCUUUCAAGGCUAAAGUGAAUGAGAUAAAAGAUAUGUUUUCAUCAGUGGGGUUUAUCUGGGAUGUAUAUAUUCCACACAAUUCUGAGACAGGGUUGUCGAAAGGUUUUGCAUUUGUCAAAUUCACAUGUAAACAAGAUGCGGAAAAUGCCAUAAAUAAGUUUAACGGGCAAAAAUUUGGCAAAAGACCCAUCGCUGUUGACUGGGCUGUUCCUAAAAAAAUUUACAGUGGUGGUGGUGCAAUUGCUUCUCUUGCUUCAGAAGAUGACCAGCAGAAUCAACAUGAUGAGGAGAGUGCCAGCGAUAGUGAUGGUUCGGAGGUUGAUGAUACGGAUUUAAGUGAAAAAAUUGAACAGUACAAUAUGGCCAAUGGUUCCCCUGGUGGCUCAAAUUCAGUGGCGAAAGAAGACAUCCCUGCUGAAGUGAAUUUUGAUGAGGAAGCAGACAUUGCAAGGAAAGUUCUCAACAACUUGAUUACAUCCUCUUCUAGUGUUUCCGUCCCUACUCACAAUGAUGAUUCUGCUCUACCAAUUAGAAAUGAAGAGCCAGAUAACAAUAAGUUAUCUAUUGAGUCAGCACAUUUAUCAGGUGUGACUGAACCUGGAAAUUCCAGCGUAAACAAAAAGAAAAAUCUCAGAGAGAUAGAAGGAGAAGAUGAUUUGCAGAAAACAAUUUUCAUUAGCAACCUGCCUUUUGAUGUUGAUAGUGAGGAGGUGAAACAACGAUUUUCAGUUUUUGGGGAAGUUAAAUCCUAUGUUCCAGUUAUUCAUCAAGUCACAAAGCGACCACGAGGCACUGGUUUUCUCAAGUUCAAAACUGUAGAUGCAGUUACUGCGGCAAUAUCAGCGGCGAAUGCUGAAUCUGCUUUGGGAAUAUUUCUCAAAGGUAGGCAAUUGAAAGUAUUGAAGGCUUUGGAUAAGAAAUCAGCCACUGAUAAGGUAAUGGAGAAGACGAAGAUAGAAACUCAUGGCCGCAAUCUUUACCUUGCAAAGGAAGGUGUUAUUCUUGAGGGGACACCAGCUGCUGAAGGUGUUUCCGCUAGUGACAUGGCAAAGCGUCAACGGUUGCAGGAGCAGAAGAUGACUAAGCUUGAAUCUCCCAACUUCCAUGUUUCAAGGACACGACUUGUUAUAUACAAUUUACCAAAGUCGAUGACCGAAAAAGAACUGAGAAAGCUUUGCAUUGAUGCAGUUGUUUCUCGAGCUACGAAACAGAUGCCUGUGAUUCGUCAGAUUAAGUUUUUGAAAAGUGUAAAAAAAGGAAAAGUUGUCACAGAAAACCAUUCACGUGGAGUUGCUUUUGUUGAGUUCACAGAGCAUCAGCAUGCACUUGUGGCCCUCAGAGUUCUCAACAAUAAUCCUGAAACUUUUGGUCCGGAACAUCGACCAAUUGUGGUGUUUGCCGUUGACAAUGUUCAAACGUUGAAGAUUCGCAAAUCAAAGCUACAAUCUCGGCAGGAGGAAAUUGAAGGCAAUUUGGAAGAUGUUGAACAACAUGAUGACUCACACGAAACAAACGAACAUCCAAACCAAAAGUCCAGACAACGAAAAUCCAGAGGUUACAAAAGAAGAGUGAAGGAUUCAGAAGCCAGCGAAAAGGAUGAAGUGGAUAAUUGGGUUCCUGAUGGGGCUGCAAUGGAAGAACACAGAGCUGGUAAGAAGCAGAAGAGCAAUUCAGCAAGCAAAAAUCCAAAAGAAGUUUAUGUGAAACAGUUAUCUGAAGGGGAAGAGAAGUUGAAAAACUCAAAAUGGAAAGCAAAAGUCCAUCCGGGUGGCAGGAAGCCUGAUAAAGGAGGAAGAUCAUUCAAAGGUGAGAUGACAACUGGUGAUAAACACAAGUUGAGAUUCUCCAACGAAGACGAAUCGUUACUAAAAAAGAGGAAACAGCCUGAUCAAACAGAACAGAGAGAAAAUGGAAGCUCGAAGAAAGGCAAAAAGGCAAAAAAGAAUAAAGACCCAUUAGGACGAGAUGCGGUCGAUAAACUUGACAUGUUGAUUGCACAGUACAGAUCUAAGUUCUCGCAGCAGAGCUCUGAGAAAACUGAUAAGCAGGGUUCUAAACUUAGGAAGUGGUUUCAGUAAUGUUUUUCUGUUGAGCAGCUUUUUAGCCCUAAUCAGUAGUUCUUGUUUGAUGUGAGGAGAUGAAUAACACAUUGGCUAUUGCCUUAAGUUUUAAACAUUUGUUGAAAAUGAGUCAGUUAGAAAAUGCAAACAAUUUUGAUGUGUUAGAUU